AUGCAGCGUGAGGCAUUUUACAAUAGUGGACUCGUUGUUUUUUCGCCUAAAUUUAAUAUGUCCAAUAUAGAAUUGCACUCAAAUAAGCAGUGCUUAUUUAAAACAGUAGGCGACCAGCACAAAAAAGCGGAUAAUGUGCUUCGUUCGCACGCGAAGCUAGGCUUGAACUUUGGAUCAUUGGGUUUGUAG